AUGACAAGGAAGAAGGUGAAACUCGCAUACAUCACAAAUGACACAGCCAGAAAAGCCACAUUCAAUAAAAGGAAAAAGGGUCUAUUGAAGAAGCUGAAUGAGCUCACCACUCUGUGUGGGAUUGAGGCAUGUGCCAUAAUCUUCAACCCCUUCAAUUCCCAACCUGACCUAUGGCCCUCCGCCCUGGGCCUCCAGAGGGUUCUCUCUAAGUUUAAAAGCCUACCAGAGAUGGAGCAAUGCAAGAAGAUGGUCAACCAAGAGACCUACCUCUGCGACCGCAUUGCCAAGGCCACGGACCAGCUCAAGAAGCUACAGAGGGAGAAUCGUGAGAAGGAGAUAGCCCGGCUAAUGUUUCAGAGCCUCGCUGCUGGAGGGACGCCACCGCCAGAUCUCAAUGUCAUUGAUUUGAAUGACCUGGGUUGGUUGGUUGAUCAAAAAGUGGCUGAUGUUGGCAAGAGGAUGGAGUUGCUUAGGGUGAACCAAUCGAUGCGUGCGGCAACAAGGGAGCCGUCGUGGUUCAUGGAGAUGAUGAGUCGAGGAGUUGAUGAUGAAGACCAAAUGAAAUUCAAUAUUGGUGAUGAUGUGAUUCAACUUCCUAGUUUUGGGGAGGAUGAUAACCAUGGUGCUUUUUGGUCAAAUAAUACCCUUUUCCCUUGA